UGUACCACAUCGCCACAUAUAGGAAGCCUAACUGAAAAGCCAAUGUGACGUAAAUGAGACACUACACGCUAUAUGGUAACCUUUAACCUAUUCAAUGUUAAUACUUAGGAGGAGAGGCUUAUUGUAUGGACCAGGUCCAACUAUGAGACAGCAAUAUUUCAUGAAAUCCACUCCGUGUUGUGAAAACCAUACAUUCGGAUCGAAUAAAGAGUGGCCUCACUUGGUUUACAUACGUUAGUGUUAAGGAAACUACUCUAUGUUGCUGAAUACCAAACACUGACUGGACUCACUUGGUUUACAUACGUUUGCGAAGAUAAAAGAAAAUUUCCUUAGGUUUCAACUUGUCAAGUAAAUUCAACUAGAUCUAGUGUGAAACUUAAUUUUAAAAAAAAACCAAUAUCAAUACUUUAUUCUAAUUCUUGACGACAUCGACCAUGAAUGCUACCAUGAGCAUCACCGACAGUGGAAUAGCAAGUUAUGGCGAAACAACGCCAGUGGAGUAUUACUACCUCUGUGACGACCCGACCACCUUAUUAGAACAAAUAUACAUAUACUUUGUUUUGAUGUGUUUUGUCAAGCCGACCGUUUCCAUUCUAGGCAUCACAGCAAACAUUAUAAGUCUACUGAUACUGAGACUCAGUGGUCUUCACAAGCCUUCUAACAUACUACUUUUUAGUCUGGUCAUUGCGGACACACUGAACUUAUUCAGGUCCAUAAAUUACGGAGCCAUUCUAUAUUGGUUCGGACCUGAUGAUGUAAUGUGUGGAUUUCACUACAGCGCUGAGGUCAACUAUUUUCUAUUUUAUUCUUUGAUUGGGAUGCAAUAUUUUCACGCUUUGGGUGAAUACUGCAGCCCAAUGUUUCCAGUUUUAAUUACCUUUGAAAGGCUCGUGGCAGUGUUUAAACCCUUGACAUUUGCAAGAAUUAUAAACAGAAAAAGAACCAUUGUCCUAGUUGUGUGUGCAUUUCUAAUAUGGUUGCCGUGGGCGAUGUUAUUACCAUCCAAUUUCAACAUUGGCUUUGUAGAUAUAUCCCAAAAUAUCACUUAUAUGAGUCCUAUUCCUUCAGAUUUUUUAGUCCAAAAUAUAUUUAUUCUUGGCAAGUUUGACGCGAACGUGAAUCAAACCUUUUCUAAUACUCUUCCUUUGAUUUUUGUCACAAUCGGCAGCAUUGUCUUGGCUGUUAAGGUUAAUAUUGAAAUGAAGAAGAGAAAAAUGCUAACUUCUUCCCAGAAGAUGUCCUGGUCUCCAAGGACGACCAGGACGCUGAUGAUGACAUGUUUCUUUUUUGUCAUCUCAACAUCGGCAGUAACAAUCAUUGCCCAGCUGGAUAACGAAAUAGAGGAAGAAGUCAUAUAUUUCUACCUGAGGCGAGAAAUUCGAGUACUUUUAAUGCAAAUCAACUCUUCAAGCAGCCUCUUUAUUUAUAUUGCAACAAAUAGGCGAUUUUUCAACAUAUUUUGUGGCAUUUUCGGAAUAGAAAUAAAAUUAACAAAACAUCGUGACGAUGAGACCUAGAUUCUGCUGGUUGACUUCGGCUUCUUCGUUUUCUUUCCUUUAGUCUGUUGGAACAUGAUCUUUCGACUAUUCCUCUUUGUCUUUUACUUUGAGUAGUAUAUCUUUCAAUGACAGGCCCGUACAUUCUUUAUGUUGUCUUCCCAUCGCUUUCUCUGUCUGCAAAUUCUUCUUAAGCAUCAAGAUGAUGUUAAUCUUUAAUCAAGGAUGAGGAGCAAUAUAAAUAAAUAAAUAUUAUCAAGGAUAAGAUUCACAUUACUGAAAAAAAAACAACACAAAAAUGUUUCUAUUAUUUUUAUUCUC